UUAAAAAGGGGGCGGUACUGUGCGUAAAACCAAACUUUUCUGGUUCCUGAACAUGCGAUUGCAAUAUAUUAGCAAACAGCUACAGUGUUGCUAUGUUAUUCAGGUCACUGAUAGCGGGUGCCUGCACUCUUGGCGUUAUUGGAGCGACGACAACGCAUACAUUUGCUCCUUUGCGGGUCCAAGCAGCCCUUCUUCACACCCCCAUUUUAAGAAAGUCUUUGCUGGUGGAGCAGAGCAACAUGAAGAUAGAAUUGCUGCCUGCGCUCACUGACAACUACAUGUACCUACUUAUUGAUGAGGAAACAAAAGAAGCAGCCAUUGUUGACCCUGUGGAACCAGUUAAGGUUUUAGAAGCUGUCAAAAAGCACAAAGUGAAGCUCACAACAGUCCUGACCACCCAUCACCAUUGGGACCAUGCAGGUGGCAAUGAGAAGAUGUUGAGAUUGAUGCCUGGGCUCACUGUGUAUGGAGGAGAUGACAGGGUGGACGCCCUUUCCAAGAAAGUCUCACACUCCAACACCUUAAAACUUGGCUCUCUAAGUGUCAAGUGUUUGUUUACACCAUGUCACACUACCGGUCACAUUUGCUACUUUGUGACCAAGAACAACAGCACUGAACCUCCAGCUGUCUUCACAGGUGACACUCUGUUUGUGGCUGGCUGUGGGAAGUUCUUUGAGGGUACAGCAGAGCAGAUGUACAGGGCGUUGGUGGAUGUCCUGGGACGACUGCCUCCUGAAACGCGUGUCUACUGUGGUCAUGAGUACACUGUCAACAAUCUGAAGUUUGCCCGACACGUGGAGCCGGAUAAUGAAGUAAUUUUGAAAAAGCUUGCAUGGGCAAAGGAGAAAUUCAGCAAUGGAGAACCCACCAUCCCAUCCACAGUGGCAGAUGAAUUCUCAUUCAACCCAUUUAUGCGCGUAAAAGAGAAGGCAGUACAAGACCAUACUGGACAAACGGACCCUAUCGAAACAAUGAGAAGUCUCCGGAAAGAGAAAGAUGGCUUCAAGGUUCCCAAGGAGUGAUGGAUGUACAAUGGGUUAAAGAAAUCUAAAAAAUAUGGUUCACUACUAUACACUUGUAUUGUUUCCUGUUAUGCCUGCAGAAAAUAUUACAUGUCACACAUAAUGCUGUAUUUACUAAAUUUCAUUGCUUAACUAAUAUAAAAAUAUAGCCCAAACAAACAUUUUGAACUAUAUUUGAUUACUAUGAAGUGAUUUGAUCAAAUGUUAAUUUAUUUUAAUAUGAUCUGCUGGCCUGUGCAAAUGUUUCAUUAUAUCAGUUGAAACCUUUUAAGGUUUGCUAAAUUUUGAUUGCAUACCAUUUUAGUUUUUGUAUUUAAAUGCUCAAUGUUCACAAUUUGUGCAUACAAAAUUGAAAAUCAGAAGACAGCUGGUAAAAUGUCUUAAUAUGUGCAAUCUUAAGUUUGCACAUUAUUAUUUGAGCUUUUAUUUCAUAAAGUUAUUUUCUCAGUUGUGAUACGUCUUUGUUGUACCUUUAUAAAGCUUUCUCAUCAAACGUUCUAUUUUGAUUAUUUACUUAAAUAUUGUAGUUAUAGGUCUAGUGCUGUAAUAGGGUGUCAAAACGAAAGUCCUGAUUUUGUCUUCCACAAUGCAGUUCUAGUAAGCAAUAAAGCACAUGAGGUGUUGGUCUUCAGUA